CUGAAGAGCAUACGGUCAGCGGAGCUACGCACAAGCGCCAUCCAAGAUGGCGGAUGGGAUGAUAGAUGAUUGUCGCUUACUGCUUUCUCGAUUUGAAAGCCACAGCACCGUGCGGUUUGAAAUAUUUUCUCAAAUAUGGAAAGAGAUGAACUUCUCGUUUAUUCACUGUGGUCGCAAGGAUUUCAAUGGAAGAAUUCAGAUUGUUGAUUAUCUCUACCGUGUAGUCAGCUCGUAUCUUUCCUCAUCCUGCACAUUUCAAUAUCGCGUUGGUGCACUCUACUGCCUCUAUGCCAUCUAUCACACUCAGUUGUGCAAGCCCAAGAUUAAGAUACGGAUGACUUUACCCAUGUGGAAGGAUUUGAAUGACCUCCAUGAACAAUUCAGGAUUGACAAACAUUAUGAUGCUGAUUUCAUCCUGAGGUCACUAAAAAAUGACAGAGCAUUUAUUUUCUGUGCUAUGCCAACACAGCUUGCUUAUGGUUCAAGAGAAGCCAUCACUUGCCAAGAGAGAGAACGGGCUUGUGCUGUUUCUGUAGAGGCAAACAGCUGUGUAGAACUAGCAUAUGGUGCAGUGGAGAAACUGCUAGAAGUGCAUUCUCGGUAUCAAAAACUGAAGAAACGAGCUACACAAGGAAGUGAUGUUGUAAAUCCAAACACAGUUGCCAUGAUAUCUGAUAAAUUUCCAUCAGAGCUUGCAAGGGAUAUUUUUAAAUUUGAAGACUGGAAGCAAAAAAGAUGUCAUCAGCAUGUGUUGCACCAGCCGUCUAGUUCUUUACUUAUGAUGCCUGAAGACAAUGUUGAUUCUGACAUUGCUGCAGCCUCAGCAGUUAAAGAUGAAACCAUGCAAGAAGAAACUGAGGAAGAAAGCAGAGCUUCAAUACGGAAAACAUUAAAACAAAAAUCUUUCAGUCAAGUUAAUAAGGUUUCAAAGAGCAUGCGGCAUCUGCAGCCCAAGGCAUCCGAUGAUCCAGGACAGAAAUUUAAACGGAAGAGAUAGUAUGACAAAUUUAGAGGGUUAAACUUAUGUUGUAAUUAGCUCAAAGGAGGAGGCAAAGAUAUACAAUAAAAAUAAGUAUUUA